AUGGCUCUCAACGUUCUUCCCAGCGCUCUGCCGCUCGACUCCAUCUUUGUUCCCAACUCCAUGCGCUUCGACGAAGACCUCUUCGAGGAACUCGUCCUCGCCCUCAAGUCGGCUCUGGGCCCAUGCUCGGGUUUGACUUCGGACGAUAUCGAUGUUACAUUCCUCACUCGUCUCAUGAAGCUGUAUGAUGCCCGUGAUAGAAACUGGUCAAAAUACGCCUUUGGUGAUGCCAGCAGAGGCUACACCAGAAACCUCGUCGACGAGGGCAACGGCAAGAGCAACUUGCUUGUGCUCGUCUGGUCGCCCGGUAAGGGCAGUCCCAUCCAUGACCACGGCAAUGCCCACUGUCUCAUGAAGAUUCUCAAGGGCAAUCUGACCGAGACUCGCUACGAGUUCCCCCAAGAGGGAGAGCCCAGCGGCCCCAUGAAGGUCAUCUCAGAAAAGACGUAUAAAGAAAACCAAGUCGCGUACAUGGCCGACGAGCUCGGCCUGCACCGCGUUUCCAACAGGGGAAGCGACUUCGCCGUCUCCCUUCACCUCUAUACACCUCCAAAUGUAGCAAAGCAAGGCUGCCACAUUUUUGAUGAAAAGACUGGUCGCCGUAGCCACGUCCCCGGUUGUGCAUACUACUCCGCCUAUGGAAGGCUCCUCAAGGAGUAG